AGAUGAAGACCGCAUGCUGUGGUUGUUCGGAGAAUUUUCUAAUUCACGAUCUUAAAGUCCUAUACAGGUAUAUGACUUCAAGAUUGUGAAGGACUUCAUAUUCAUAUGCCUUCACCAGCACCUGCAUUAAACAUGCAGAGUUACACAAGGAACGGCAGUCCCUCCUCGACUCCCUCCACCCCCCGCACCAGCAGCCCUCAACAUGUGGCAGACAGAGGAGCCUGGAUCCAGCCUGGCCUACAGGCCAACAUGGCGAGGGGGAAGAAUGGCCGACAACAUUUCCUGCUCUGACUUCUUCUUUAGCCACCAUUAGAGGCCAGGAUGUGAAACGGGUGAUCUGGAACAUCCUGGGCAGGAUCUUCACAGAUGAGGUUUCACAUCAGAUCAAUUGGAAGGGUGUCAACAACAAAAAGGCCUUUCAGCAGGAUGGCAACAAAGACCUUGCUUUCCAACGUCCAGCAGCUGAUCGGUCAUCCAGAAGAACUUCCCUUUCAGCCCACUUUGAAGCAGGAGGAUCCGCAGCCCCCUCACAUUAAAGAUGAAGAAGAGGAUACAGAGUCCCCCCACUUUAAAGAGGAAGAGGAGGAACUCUGCAUCACUCCGGAGGGGGAGUGUCUUCAAGGGCCGCAGCAAGCUGGUUUCCCUGGGUUCCCACUGACUGUUGUCUCUGUGAAGACUGAAGAUGAUGAAGAGAAACCACAAGUAGACAACCUCUUAGCGCCACUAUCAGAUAGUGAGGCUGAAGACGAGGUUGAAGAACCUUUGAGAAGCGAUACAGACUGUGAUGGUGAUAUGAGGACUCACGCUGACAACAAACACUCUAAAUGCUCUAAAAAGAAGAGAGGUAAAAAUUGUUUCAGCUGCUCAGUUUGUGCUAAAAGCUUUUCUAAAAAGUCCAAUUUCAGUCGACACAGGAGAACGCACACAGGCGAGAAACCAUUUAUUUGUCCCGUUUGUGGUAAAAGCUUUUCUCAAAAGAGCCAUUUGUCUGAACACACCAAAACACACACAGGGGAAAAAAUAUUUAAUUGUUCAUUUUGCGACAGAGGUUUCUCGCAAAACAGCAAUUUGACCAAACACAUGAGAACGCACACGGGAGAAAAACCUUUCAAUUGUUCAGAUUGCGGUAAAAGCUUUUCCAAAAAGAGCAAUUUGACUGAACACAUGAAAAUACACAAGGAAGAAAAACCUUUCUAUUGUUUGUAUUGUGGCAAAAGCUUUUCGAAGAAGGGAAAUUUGACCGAACACAUGAAAAUACACACAGGAGAAAAAACAUUCCAUUGUUCAGUUUGCGAUAGAAACUUUUCUCAAAAAAAGGUUUUGACCGAACACAUGAGGACGCACACAGGAGAGAAACCAUUCAAUUGUUCAGUUUGCGAUAAAAGCUUUUCACAGAAAAGCACUUUGACCAAACAUAGCAGAACACACACACAGAAUGAAACACCUUAAAUGUGUGGCCUGCAGGGGGCAGCGGUGUUCGUGCCUGCAGAGUUAGAGCCAGAACAAGUUAGAACAAGUGACUGAGGAAGCGUUGCAGUGGUUUGCUUUUUGCUUUUGCCUCGCUCGCGUCUGUAUGCCACACAACUGUUUUUCUGGAUGCAAAUAAAAGUCUGACUUGUUCAUAGUCAU